AUGGAGCUAACCCCCUAUUUUCUCCUUUCCAGAUCUCCAAUCAUUGAUAUUGUUUUUGAAGACAAUACCGUGCUCACUGGGGCAGGGAAUUCUAUCAUACGGUUCCAGGGAGAUGGCAAGUCUGUUACGGGCGCCGCUGCCAUCAUCCAGGAGCUGUGUGCGUAUUUCACUUUCCUCGCUGGCAAGGAUUCCAAAGCAGAGAAGCUGUGGAUUUCUCAGCUGGAAUCAUUUCAGACUCUGGAAUUUAAAACGCUUGAUCCUAUUCUCCAGCGCCUUAACACCCACCUGAUCCUCCGAUCAUUUAUCACCGGUCACUCUCUGUCAACUGCCGACAUCACUAUAUGGGGAGCCCUGCGCGGAAAUCGGGUAGCUGUUGCCGCACUCAAGAAGGGUACUCUUGUCAAUCUCACUCGCUGGUUUAAAUUCAUCGAAGAGCUCUGCCCGUGGGCCAUGCUAGCCGUGGAGUCGCUGAAUGCUACUACCCGCGAAAAGAAGUUCGCUAAGGCCAAGGAUGGUGCAAAUUAUGAUAUCGCCCUGAAAAACACGGAGAAUGGUGUCGUUACAAGAUUUCCUCCGGAGCCUUCUGGAUACCUUCACAUCGGACAUGCCAAGGCUGCUCUUUUGAAUGGUUACUUCGCCCACAAGAAGUAUAAUGGCACGCUUUUGCUUCGAUUUGAUGACACCAACCCGUCAAACGAGAAGCAGGAAUUCCAGGAUGCCAUCUUGGAAGAUCUUGCAUUGAUGGGUAUACAUCCCGACAAAGUGAGCUAUACUAGCGACUACUUCAAUCAACUCCAUGACUAUUGUGUCAAGAUCAUUCAAUCUGGGAAUGCGUACGCCGAUGACACUGACAAGGUGACCAUGAAGGACCAGCGAUGGGACGGUCUUCCAAGCCAGCGCCGUGAUCUCUCCCCUGAUCAGUCACUGACUCACUUCGCGGAGAUGAAAAAGGGCACACCCGAGGGACUACGCUGGUGCAUUCGUGCCAAGAUUUCCGUCGACGACACCAACAAAGCUAUGCGUGACCCUGUGAUCUACCGAUGUAAUCCUGCUCAUCAUCAUCGUACAGGUGACUCCUGGGUUAUCUAUCCGACGUAUGACUUCGCUUGCCCUAUCGUUGAUUCAAUUGAGGGUGUCACCCAUGCUCUGCGAACGAUCGAAUACAGAGAUCGCAACCCGCAGUACCAGUGGAUGCUUGAUACCCUGGGUCUUCGUACUGUUCAAGUCUGGGACUUUGCUCGCAUGAAUUUCAUUCGCACCUUGCUUUCUAAACGAAAGCUGACCAAACUGGUGGAGCGUGGUGUUGUCUGGGGGUGGGAUGACCCUCGAUUUCCAACUGUUCGCGGUAUUCGCCGUCGUGGAAUGACUAUCCCCGCGCUUCGUGAGUUUAUUCUUAAACAGGGUCCUUCGAAGAACGUGACUCUUUUCGACUGGGCCUUGAUCUGGGCUACAAACAAGAAACAUAUCGACCCGAUUGCCUCUCGCUACACUGCAAUUGAAACUGAGGGUCGUGUGGAGGCGACCGUGACGGGUGGUCCUGUUACUCCGUACACAGAAAAGCGCCAAAAACAUGCUAAGAACACCGCACUUGGCGAGAAAGAUAGAAUAGAAGAGAUCACCCUGAUGAACUGGGGUAAUGUGAUUGUUCGCAAGAUUGCUACCAACAUUUCUACGGGUAAAGUCACGCACUUGGAGCUGGAGCUACACUUGGCUGGUGAUGUGAAGAAAACCAAAAAGAAGGUUACCUGGCUGUCUACUGAGGGCCAGAGUUUGGUGCCCAUUGAGUUGGUAGACUUCGAUUACCUCCUCAAGAAGGAUUCACUCAGUAAGGAGGAUGUUCUGGAGCAGUUCCUCAAUUUCAACACUGAAUUCCGCGUUGAUGCCUUGGCUGAGAGCAACGUCUCCAACGUCCAGGUCGGCGACAUCAUUCAGUUUGACCGGAAGGGUUUCUACCGUGUGGACCAGGCUCCAGCUCCUGGUGUCCCGGGCGUUUUCUUUUAUGUACCUACCGGAAAGCAAAAAUAG